AUGGAGCCUAUUGGUGCUGCUUAUACCCUUACUGCCGCCCAGUUUGCUGGACAGGUCAACCAGCGUGGCGGCAAUGUUGCGGUGCGUCGGGCCCAGGUCGAUUGUGUCCUUGCUUCUUUCGAAGAGGCAAAAAAGUACAUGUCGAAGGACGGAAUAGAAGAGGCGCACAAGUACCUCAGAACUGGUGAAUGGGUUCGAGAUCAAACCAAUGCAGGCAGUCAUCCAGCCUACAAGAGGUUUGUUGGCAGCGGAGGCUACAAAAAGACACUGUACUAUCCACAGUUCUUCGUUAUUCAGGCGAUAUAUACCCUGAAUGGUAGGCAGAUCGGUGAUGCCGUUGAGCGGAUGUACGAAGAGUUGUCGGGACAGUGGGGGAAGUCUAUCCCUUCAGACAAGCCUUUCUAUCCGCGUCUCGCGGACCCUGAUCAGGAGCGUCUCUUGAUCAUGGGUGACUACCGAUGGCGGGAUUUUCAAGUCGGGAGACAAGCCAGCAACAACACAAUCCAUGUUGCUAUCCCGGAGGCCAAAGAUCAUGCCGCCGCUCUCAGCGACAACAACAAUACGAACAACAAACAAAAAGUCUUAGACGGCUACCUGAGAGCUGCCGCACAACUUUCGGCAGAAAUAAACCCCGAGUCACAACUAAAAGGACGGGACAGAGAGGUGCAACUAUUGCAAGAUCAACUCAGAGACUCCCAGCAAAGAAAUGCAGGCCUACAGCGACAGGUCCAAGAACAAACCAAGCUUAGGCGGCAUGCAGAGCAUCAAACAAAGAUGUCACAGAACCGGCUGAAGGAAAGGCAAGAACAGCUCCAAGAUGCACAGGACCAGCUGCAUGAAACCCAACAAGAGCUUCAAGACAUGUAUCACCGGUACCGCGAGUCGCAGAUGCUUCUCAGCAAGUACGAAGAGAAGGCUAAGCAGGUCCAUCGUCACAUCUCACAGUCUCAAUCAUUCUCCAACCGCGCGCUCGAGGCCGCCUCCAAGACCCAAAGUCUUCUGGUCCUUGGGCAGCAGCAAUCGAACAAGGUCUUGAACCUCCUAAGCGACCCUAUCGAGGAGUUCAGCGCUGCUGCUGAGAGUUCUGGUCUUGCGGUUCACGAUGGUCAACGAACCAACAAGAGAGCUCGUGAAAACUAA